AUGAAGAGCAACGACAGCCGGACUCCUUCUCACUUCCAGCUCACUCUGUUUGCGGACUACGGGCCGCUCAGAUACCUGCUGUUCAGCCUGUGUCUGCUGAUCUAUGUCACGACAAUCUUUGCAAACGUUGUCAUUAUUCUGACCGUGUGCCUGCAGAAGACUCUGCAUCAGCCCAUGUAUGUUUUCAUCAGCUGUCUGUGCGUGAACUCUCUGUACGGCUCGGCCGGCUUCUUUCCCAGGUUUCUGAUGGACAUCCUGUCUGAGACUCAUCUGAUCUCACGUCCUUGUUGCUUCCUCCAGAUGUAUGUUAUUUACACCUAUGCAUCGUGCGAGCUGACUAUCCUCGGAAUCAUGGCCUAUGAUAGAUUUGUUGCUAUUUGCCAGCCCUUACACUAUUACAGUAAGAUGACCUUUAAGAUGGUGUGGUGUCUUUUGCUCCUUGGCGUUCUCUACCCCGUGUUUGUUAUCGGCUUCUUUCUUUAUCUUUCUGUUCGAUUACCGUUGUGUGGAAAUAAAGUGCACAGGCUGUUCUGCUCCAACUUGCCUGUGGUUCAGCUCUCCUGUGUGGACACAACGCUGAUCUACAUCGCAGGUCAGUUUGCUACGAUGACGACCAUCUUGAUCCCCCUGUUCUUCGUCCUGUACACGUAUCUACGGAUUCUGCUCGUCUGCAGGAGGAGUUCGUCUGAAUUCAGAGGAAAGGCGUUAAGAACCUGCCUGCCGCACAUCGUGACCUUCAUGACCUACUCCCUCUCUCUCUGCCUUGAGCUGUCAUUGACUCGAUUUGCUGACAAAAUUAAUCCAAUCAUCACAGUUGUUUUAUCGUUAGAGUAUUUGAUCGUCCCCCCCCUCAAUAACCCUCUCGUUUACGGCCUGAAUCUGCCUCAAAUCAAAAAAGUGAUAUUUAGAUUGUAA